CAAACGCCUUGUUUUCGCCAAGAACCUUGGCGAUACUGAAUAUACGAGUUCAUCAUGAGAGACUGCAUUUUAGUAUAGGACAUCGGCUCUGUCUCCUUCAAUCCAUUCAACAACUUCGGCCAUCUAAUAUCCAAAAGCUCGACACCUAACCGCUUCUCUUGACCCUCCACCAUCAUGCUGCGACCGCCAGCCCUCCUUGGGAUCUUGUUAUUCCUCACAUCAAGCAACAUUGUGGCCGCUCUAGCGCUAACACCCUGGGAAAUCGUGCAAGUUAACACUUACUCCCCAUCCGGUCGACCUGGCAGCAGCACCAUCAGCUACAUCAAGACCACCAUCACGGACCCGAACAGCACCACCAAUACCACGGCAAACUGCAACAUCGAAUGGAACGGCCUAACCAAGGGCGAGACGCCAUACGGCACAGCGCUCGAAUGCACCCCAGUACAAGAUGGAUUGUGGGAAUUCGAAGUCUUGCGAGCAGACCCGGACUCGGAGAGACCUUCUAUCAGCAACUUCAGCCUCCGCUUCACGCGCAUGACCAACGACGGUAAUCUUUACGUCGGCUCCGUCACUCUCAACAGCGGAGUUGACCGUGAUCUCUUCUUCAUGUGCGCCGCCAGUGGUUUCUGCUACGCCAAUUUGAGGCCCGAGUCUGCUCCAGUCCGCGUGACUCCCAAAGAAAUUGGGAAAAGGGCCGUCUUGAAGGAGGAGUACACUCCAGUGGUGGUGGUCCCGGAGUAAGCCAGGGGACGGUAAUGGAUACAAAUGUACAGUAAUGAAUUUUGUAAUUUACGGAAAGCAACUGCUUGGUCCGGAUCGAACGGCGGAUGGUCGGGUAAGAAGAACCUGGUGGUAGUGGGCAAGCUGACAAUUCAUGGAAGAUAAAUGCAAGGUCCCGAACACUGAAAUGGAAGUCGCGUUUAUCUUGA